UAAUGUUUACACGAAUAGAUUUUCGGCUAGCCCUACUAGGCUAGGGCCUAUUAUUUUAUUAAGACGCGUUGAAUUAAUUAUACUGCAGUGAAAGCAAUGACUUAAAAAUAGGGCUGUUGACGUUGUUGGAUACUUUCUAAUUAAACUACAGUUUUGAAGAGAAUUUGCCGUGGUACGUUGAAUGUCACAUAAUUUUGUUUUGCAGAAUAAUGCCUUCAACAUUGGAGUUCUACACAUUUGCUCGUCUGAAGUCCGCUAAGCAGGAAACUAGAAGCGAUCACUGCAACUACAAGAGUGGUGCAUCAUUCUCAGGCAGACUAAAAGACAACAAGCGGACAGGGGUCGGAAUCUUUCUAUGGCCAUCUGGGGACAAGUACGAGGGAGAGUACCUCGAUAAUGAACGUCAUGGGAAGGGCAAACAGGGAUGGAGUGAUGGGUCAUUCUAUGAGGGAGAUUUUGUAAUGGACACCCGGCAUGGAGAAGGUUACCAUAAGUGGGCUAAUGGGGAGAGUUAUGAAGGCUCAUACUUUAAAGAUCAUCGUCAUGGCAAUGGAACAUAUACAUGGCCAGGAGAUUUAAAAUUUGAAGGAAAGUUUUAUAUGGAUAAAAAAGAAGGAUAUGGAAUAUUUACUUUUCCAAAUGGAAGUGUUUUCAAGGGCCUUUAUAAAGAAGAUGAACGUGAGGGACCAGGCAUUAUGACAUACACAGACAAGACAGAGGAGAUUGGGCUUUGGCAGAAAGAAAGACUAAUAAAACUCACAAGUCAGAUAGAGGGAGCUUUUAGCAUGAAGGACCACCCUGAGUUUGAUUACAUUCCUGAUGAAAAUAUGGUAACAGUUACUCAAGCAGAUGAGAAUCCUCAAAAGAACCAUCAUUUUAAUUCUGGUGUUGAUUUGAAUGCUGUGAUGGCACAGUUUUCAGAUACAAGCCUUAUGGCAAACUUAGAAGACGACAUUCUAAUAACGCAACCAGAAAGUGUUGAUAUGCGCACAUUGCAAUAUGAUAAGGAAGAAUAUGAUGUAGCAUUUUUUGGUGAAUCUCAGACUGAUGAUGAUCGGAAGUCAUUUAUCGCCGUCAAUAACACACCUAGUCUUAUUAAUAUGCUCAAGCAUGUCCAGAAGCAUAAGAGGCAGGAGUUAUUUUCAGUUCAAGAGAUCAUGCAGGGUAAAAGAGAAAAUAGCAGUUGUAAAGGCCCAAUAGAAAUUGCUUCCAAAACCCUCAUCCUUUCUGCAGCGUCGGGAGAUUAUGCAAAGGUGAAUGCUCUAUUGCAAAGCAACGAAGCAAAUGUGAAUGUGGCAGAUAAAAAUGGUCACCAUGGUCUCAUUGCGGCAGCGGUAAAUAUGCAUUGUGACAUCAUAAACUGUUUGUUAGACAAUGGUGCUGAUGUCAAUAAAUUGAAUGAUGAAGGAGUUUCAGCAUUAGCUGCAUGCCAUGUGUUCUUCUACCCUUCUGAGUCCUUUCAGUACAACAUCGCUGAGCGAUAUCUUCCAAAGCCAGAGGAUGUGGUGGAACAUGAAAGAAUGAUCAUGGACCUUACAAACUCAAGUGCUACACCUGGCAAUCUCACAAGAAGUGAAUUUACAAACCAGACUCCAGGUCCAGCUGAAGAUGACUUUGGUGAAGCAGAAAUUGUACAGCCUGUUGAAGAUGAUGAUGGUGAUGAUUUCCUGGAGGAAGAGUUGCCAGAGGAGCUCAUGGACCCUUCUGGCUCUGUUGGUAGUAGAACUCCUGAUGAUCUUGAAACUAUUGCUCAUCCUAAUAAGAUUCGAGGUACAGAACUAAAUGAGUUUAGCUCUAAUAAGAGCCUAGUAAAUUACAGUAUUGAGGUUAAAGAUGACUUUGUAGAACGUAGCGCUACAGUAAUGAGUGGCAACCCAAAGAUUGUGGCAGGAAGAACGUCUAAGUGUGCUGCCAAGGAGCCAGAUAUGGACCCGGCAAGAUUAUUAGCAAUUUCCAAAGCAGAGCAUUCUGUAAUGGAAUCAACAAUCCGUCUGCUUUUGAAACGUGGAGCUGAUCCAAAUGCAUCAAGAGUGCCGAUGGCAGUGCUCUUCUUUGCCAUCAAAGCAGCAGAUGUAGGUGCUGUAAAGAUACUGCUGGAGAAGGGAGCUUCCACAGAGACUCGAUUGUCUGCAAAGAAAGAAGGCCUGAGCCCACUGCACAUUUCAUCUGCUAUCAGAGGUAAAGCCGGUGUGGACAUCACACGGUUACUACUUGAAGCAGGAGCUGAGCCCAAUGUCCGGGCAUAUGAUCAUGACCUAGAAGAUGAGGAUGGGGAAUUCAACCCAGUAAGCCCUACCAAAUUGAAACCAGGCCUAGACAGCAGUGUGCUAGCUCUGUCAAUGGAACUGCAGGCCUUGGGAGAAGAGAAAGGUGGUCGAACCCCCCUCCACAUUGCAUGCCAGAGAGAUGAUGAUAACAAGCUUGCACAACAAGUUGUUAAUCUUCUUUUGUUGCAUGGCGCCAAUCCCAAUGUACUAUGUAGAGGGCAGUCUCCAUUAUCACUAGCGAUUGCAUACGGUAAUGACUUGGCCAUUGAUGAGUUGCUGGCUUUCUCUGCUAACCCCAGCCUUCCUCUUGGACAAAGUAUUGGCUCUGCACUGUGUGUGUCUUCCAAUACAGUAUUUGAAUUCAGAAGGUCACCUCAGGACAGGAUCAAUCUGAUUUCAAAGUUGGUGAAGGCCGGUGCAAACAUCUUAGCCCCUGUAGCAGUUGGAGCUAAAAAGCUGAUGGGCACAGCAGUAGACUAUGCUUAUUGGGCCUUCAACCAGGAUAGACGUAUCGCGCAUAUGCCAUACCACGCCCUCACUCACACCGAGCGGGACACUUACAAUGCACGCCGAAGACUCCUAGCUUAUCUUGGUGACAUCUUGCGUGAAGCAUCUGUUCGUAAAGAGAAGGAGCGUCUUGUGUUGAAUGAGAGGGAUGGAUUAAGAAGUGUCAGUCCAAGUCAUGGUUUUCUCUACACUGGAGCCGGUGCUCAGCCUACCGGAGAUCGUAGGCCUAGUGGAAAGUACACCAGCAAUCGCAUCAGCCCAGUCAAAGGCUAUGAAGGUGAACCAGGCCGACAAGUUGCAUUUCGUACAAUGACCAAAGAUAAUGUUGGGUGUGAGCAGCCCUUAGUGGAUAGAGAUGAGGAAGUGAUCAUAAGUCAAAGGAAAUUUAAAUCAAGGAAGCCGUUGUUCAAGUACUGCUAUGAGUGUGGUCGAUCCCUUGGAGUGCGACUGUCUGCAUGCACACGCUGUAAGGAAGUUUACUACUGCAGCAAGGCAUGCAAGAUUAAAGCGUGGAAUGCAAGGCAUAAAGAGGAAUGUAUCAGAGUUGGGGGUCGUAGUAGAAGUCCAAGUCCAACAAGUAAAGCAGCAAGGAGGUCAAUGGCCAACUCUUCAGACAGUUUGGCAACUGGUGGGGGUGAUAGUGGAGCAGGCUCAUCAAAACAUCCUGGUGGUGGUAGAGGUGGUGGUGGUGGUGGUAGCAGAGGCAAAACAACUAAAGGCCAAAUGAUUAACCAUAGAGGUCAAGGUGAUAGUGUGAAAGGAAAAUCUGGCAUCAAUGGUCUUGUAAAAAAUAAUAGACUUGUUGGUAAAAAAGGUGGUUAUGGACUGAGAGGGAUGACCUCUGACACUGACAGUCCUGCGAAUAGCGACAUCACAGAAAACUACAGUUUUAAUUGAAGCAGUAAUGAUGAAGUUUUUUAGUAUUAAUAUAUUUAAAACCCUAUCCUCAGCAUGCCCUGUUGAUUGUGAAUGCAAUGCUCUCAUAUGUCUAGACUGAUUAUGUAUGCAUGUAAUGAAGACCACUUAAACUUGGCAAUAACCUACCAAAUUUUGUCCAUCAGACUCAAUGUUGAUUGGACAAAAUCUGAUAAAGUAGAGAAUUUCCAACUUGUAACAGACAUGAGUUGAUCAGAGGUAUGCCUGAAACAUGAAAGCAUCGACUUUGAGGUCUGAUGAUUGGUCUGACAUAUAAAACUGACUUAAGCAUGUACUUGUUUAGUAAGUCUGAAGCUGUGUUCACAUUGGAUUAAUGUUACUUACCAAAAAGUCCAAUGUGUACCGCCUGCAUAAAUGUUGUCCUUUGUACAAUUACUGAAGUAACCUUUGCUCAAUACUAACAGUGCGACUAGUAAAUAUUUGAGCAUAUGAUACUGCAUGUCAUCAAUAAACUUGAUAUAGUUGAGUAUCCAUGAUAGUGUAGGAGUUGGUGUGAACACCAAAUAUAACACACACGGGCGGAGCCAGAAAUGUCCAAAAUGGGGGGCCAAAAGUUGGGCAGAUCGAGACAACACAGUCAUAGGGGGUCCAGAAAUGUUUGUGUUCUAGACGCCCGAACAUAACAUUUGAGGAAUUCUGGGCUAUCUGGGAUAGCCCAUUCUGGGAGCCGGAACUGGGAUGCCCCCCCCCCCAUAAAAAAAAUCCGCCCCUGACCCACAAAGACUUGUUUCGACUGGGGUCCUUUUGAAGGUGAAUAGCUCUCUGUGGUUUAUUGAAAAUCCAAGUGCAAACAGCGGUACAUUUUCACCAAGGUUAAGUUACCCUUCAUCUUGGAUAAUGUUAAUCUAAUGGGAACUCGUCUUAGACAAAAAUCUGAUAGUGUGGUGGCAUUAGAUAACAAAUAUGAUUUUAGUAUGCGAAUAGUGUAGAAUUAUGUGAAGCUGCAUUGCAUAUAUGUAGAACUCUAAUGAUCAAUCAUGUGUGUGAAAUAUAGUGUCUGCCAAAACUCAAAGUAAUUAGAAUAUUGAAUGAUAUAUUUUGAAAAAUCAUUGAAGAACAUUUUUUUGUAUCUCUAAUGAGCAAUAAUGCAGCCUUUUGUUUCCUUUUAAAAUGUAGAGCUAUUAUUGUAUGCAAUUUCAAUGUGUUUGCGUCAGGAAAGUCAUAGGAGUGAUGUUGCCCUACCCUCGUGUUAUCGUACUGAAUAAAACUUGCAUUUGAAAGUGAUUCAGGUAGUUAGUACACUCACGCCCUGAAAAUUACCAGCCUGGUGUCAUAACAACUAGACCACUGAAAUUGCGCUUAGUGACUUUUGUUGAAUCCGGUCCCCAAGUAGCAGCAUGUACUGUAUAUGCUAUUUCGAUGCAUGUUUGCAUACGAUAACACAUCGGUUAGGGCAAAGCAUCCUACAAUAUUACUGUAUGGUUAUGGAUAGUGGAUCAUGAAGUAGUAAGUUUCUCUAUUUUAAUUGAACUUUGACAGGGGGAUGACCUCCACCUCAAGUUUUCAACACAACAAAUACCUUGACUGUUUUAAAUAAUUAUUUUGCUAUAUUUUAUAUAAGGGUUUACAUGAUGAAUAAUGAUCGUAUCUUCCACACAUUGUAACAAUUAUAUUGUUAUAUGUAUUUAUGUACCUUAUAAUUUCAAAAGCUUCCAAUGAUUUUAGACUAACUUUCUUUUAAAAAUAUUAAUAUACAUAUAUAUAAUUUUACAUAAAUAUAUUUAUAAUGAUUCGGUUUCAACUUACUAGAUCAGUCGUAAAUGUAAGUACAGUUUUUGUGCAUUAUUCUGUCAUCAAAUGUGUAAUGUAUAACUUAAAGUUCUUUGUAAAAACUGUCAGAAGUCACUUAUUGUUUCUAUAGUUAUAGUAAGGCUACUGAUGGAGUGAAUAAUAACAAUUGAACACGAUAUGAAGAUUUAUCUCAA